AUGGCAUCGACGAGCACGAGUGCCCCGGCUCCAGUCCCCCCGGCUCCUCUUCCUCCUCCUCCCAUCACACAUAUUCUCGAAACAUGUCUACAGGUGAAAGACGUCAAGACAGCCACUGAAUUCUACAAGGAUAUAUUCAAUGUUCAGCCUUUCUUGAACACACCACGGAUGUCUGGCUUCUCCUUCGCACAAACCACCCUCCUGCUGUUCCAGCUUGGUGCGACAGCCGCUGACUCGCCCAUGCCUGAUAACCGCAGUGUCAUCCCCGGCCACGGCCCGUCCCAAAACAUCCUCGAUCUAUUACUGGUUCCCAGGGCAGGAGACAGUGAUGGAAAUGAUCAGCCGUCUACAUUAACGCCAUCUUCAUUACCAACUCCGGGCAAUUUACACCAGCACUUCUGUUUCGCGGUAUCGGCGCCAGAUGAUGUGGGCGCGUGGGAAAUAUGGUUCGAGCAGAAACAGGUCAAGAUUUUAGGGAAGGUCGAGUGGCCGCGCGGUGGGCGGAGCGUGUAUUUCGCCGAUCCGGAUGGAAAUAUAGGCGAAGUGGCUAGCCGAGGCAUCUGGGAGCAUUACUGA